UGAACCCUCAAAGUAUAAGUGAUAAGAGCCAGCACCGCGCCUGCGACCCCUGCCGUCAGUCCCCUCUUUCUCUUUCCCCCUCUUUUUAAUCAUCAGCUGAUGACGUGACCCGUGUUAGGCAAGCGAAAAGUUCGAUGUUCUCGCCACACUCCUUUAUGCGAACGAUGUUCUCACUUUGCUUUGACUUGCGAAUACUCCCCUAUGAGGACUAUAGGGCGGCCGAGGAGGGGCCAGCCGCUGGGGUAUAGAGCGAAUGGCGUGGCGAGUACGGGUGCGGCGUCGAUGUCGCCAGAGGUCAUGGAUACGGGGAAUUUUGCUGGGAUUAUGGAUCAGUUCCUUGAUGAUCUGGGCACGCCGUUGCCGUCUUUUGAUAUGGACUUUUCGACGGAUCAGGAUAAUGCCCAAAGACAGGAACCGCUGCCAUCAGAUUUGUUCAAUGGGGCUUCUAUGCAGCAGGACCAGACCGGCAUGUACCCAGGAACCCGAACCGCGGAAAAGCCAAUGGACAUGACGCCGACGUCUCAAAACACUGAGAACAUAGCGACCCCCGGACUCUCUUCUCAGAAAUGCUCUUGCAUCGAGUUGGUCAAUCAGCAUUUCUCAGAUAUUGAGAGCUCACUCGAGACUUUCCAAACUCUCAAAGUCUUGAAGCAGUCUCUCGCAUCAGCAAGGACGAUCCUUGAGUGCACAGUCUGCUUCCAAUCCAUCAAGAGCCCACGCACAUCACGAAACGUUUAUCUCCUGGGCUCUCUCCUAUCCAGCAUCGGCUCCUCAUACGGCGACUUUUUCUACAUACAGAAGCAACGAACCGCUGAGUCCUCAGUGUCCGGUACACCGAUUCGCCUUGUCGUCGGUCAGCAGCCAGAUGCCCGGGACAUGGUUGAGCUUUCACUCGAGGGACCGAGCUACAUUGCUUUUCUACAGGCAAGUCUCAAAGGGGAGUUGGAUUGUCUUGUGAAAUUGGGUGAAGGAUUGGCGACGAGACAGAGUCAGCUUCAUACCGAGGGUCAUGAGAAUUGCGAGACGGGGACGAGCUGUUCGAAUACAGAGUCACUGCCGACGACGAAACAUCCAACGGAGGUGUGUCCGAAGGAAGUUGACAUGACGACUGCUUGUGCAUGCUUCAGGACGGUUGAUCAGGUUAAGGCUGCGAUAGCAGAGGCGCAAAGGAUCAUCUCAGCGUGAUGGUUACAUAUUCACGAUUAUGACUUAUGAAUACUUGGCAAGCUUUUAGCAAUAUACCCAAUGCUUGUCUACUCCUCAAUAACUCUCCCUCUUCU